UUUAAAAACAACAAUCAGAUGUUAGAAAAAUUAUCUGAUCAGCUAUCAAAAUUAAUAAAUAUUCCUUUUUCUGAUUGUUUGAAUGCAUUUCAAGUUUCAGAAUCAAUAUUGGAAGAGUAUGCGAUAGAAUUAGCAUAUUAUUGUUCAGUUGAUAUAUUGCAAUUACAUAAAUUGAACUUAAAGCAAAUUGCAUAUAUGACAAUUUCUAAUGUUUUUACCAAUAGUAUCAGAUGUUUAAUACGAAAUUUGCUUAGCAGAUAUGCAUCAUCUAAAAAGAUUUUAGUAUUAUCACGAUGCAAGGGAAUUGUUGAACAAGGAAUAUAUGAUGAUGGUCUGGUCAUUCCACCAAUUAAGAAUAUUAAAAGACCUGUGACAGAUGUUAAUUUUACUUCAUAUUACCCUCAUACUAUUAUACAAAACAACAUAUCACUUGAAAAACGUAUACCAAAAGAUUCAACUAAUCCUAAUUUAAAUGUCAAUGAUGAAACAAAACUUUUAUACUACACUUCAUUAUUAAAUGCAUUAAAAAUAUUUGCAAACUCUGUAUAUGGUAAGACAGAUUACAGAUAUUCACCAUUAUAUCAUAAAGAAGUUGCUUCAUCAGUUAUAGCAUUUUGUAAAGCAAUAUUAAAGAUCAUGAUUGAUUUUGUGAAAGAACAAGAAUUUAUAGUAGUUUAUGAAAACACAGAUUCUAUAUUUUAUUCAUUGCCAGAAUCAUAUUUCACAGAACUUGAUAUUAAGUACUCUGACAAAUUAUUAUCAAAAAAAGAAUAUUGGGAGGAGCAGAUUAAAUUAACAAUAUUAUACUCAAAGAUACUAGAAACAAAAAUUAAUGAAUACUUGAAACAGAUUAUGAAGUCCACAUACUUGAAGAUGGCCUAUGAAAAAACCAUGUACCUUUUUUUAAUUUUUGGAAAAAAGCAUUAUGUUGCAAUUACUCAUUCAGAUAUACCAAAUUUAGACAAUUUAAAUUUACUAUUGAAAGGUCUUAAAACCAUUAAACGUAAUGUGCCAGAGUUUUACAAACUAGUAGCGAAAGAAUUAAUAUAUUCUUCACUUGGAUUUAAUAAAGAUUUCUCAAUCAGACAAGAAGAAAUAGACCAAAAAGAAUUAGUCAUCCAGAUAAUCACUAACUAUGUCAAUAAAAAAGAAACACUAUUAGACUUGUUUGUUCUUACAACCAAGUUUGACCCAACAUAUGCUUCAGUAUCAGCAGUCGAUUUUGUAAGAUUAUUAAACAAAGAUCUGUCAAAAGAAGAACAAAAUGAAAUACUUAAGCAAAUUACAAAAUCUGAUACAAAAAAAGGAAACAAGAUGGUUAAUAGUUUUAUUGCUAGAUUGAAACACCCUAUUGAGCCAGAACAAUUCUACUAUUAUGUAAAAUUUCUACCAUGUGUAUCAAAUGUUUCACACAAAAUGAUUUUAACAGACCAUUUUGCUCCAGAGAAAGAUACUAUUGAUAUUGAAAUAUUCGAUGCUGAGGAACUUAAAAAGCAACAAACAAUAACAGAAUUUUUUGUUGAAGAGAAUCAACAAAAGAUAACUGAGUUUGUUAAAACAAUACCUGAUAUGACUAAACGAAAACCAACUGAAGAAUUACACAAACAGAAAAACAAUAAAAAACAAAAAACUCAAUUAAAACUAGACAAAUUUUAUUACUCUGAUAUAUCACAUAAACAUAAAUUACAAGCUAAUGAACAACCAGAAUCAA